AUGGAUUUUGAUUCCCCAUUCUUCCAAUACCAAAACCUUAACACUUCAUUCUCAGAUUCCUCUUCUUUUUCAGAACCCUUUUCAUGGGAUGAUUUCUUCAUUUUCAAUGAAGACACCACAAACAAUAACAUCGCCAUUCCCUUGAACUUCACUGAUCAAAACACACAAGAACUUUCAUUCAAUUCAAAUUCCAAUUCCAACACUUCAGUUUCUCAAACAAGCACAGAAUCACAAGAAGUUUCAUCCAAUUCUACUCAUUUAGCACAAUCAUCAUCAUUAUCAUCACCUAAGAGGCCAUAUAGAGGAGUUAGGAGAAGACCGUGGGGGAAAUUCGCAGCCGAAAUAAGAGAUUCGACAAGAAAAGGUGUUCGAGUUUGGAUUGGAACAUUUGAUACAGCUGAAGAAGCUGCAUUAGCUUAUGAUCAAGCAGCUUUAUCGACAAGAGGUUCGAUGGCAGUGUUGAAUUUUCCUGAACAAGUUGUGAGAGAAUCAUUAAAAGAUAUGGUGAACAAGUGUUGGGAGAAAGAUGGUUCUUCUCCUGUUUUGGCACUUAAGAAGAAACACACUAUGAAAAGAAAGUCUAAGGCAAGUAGUAACAAAAAGAGCAACAGGGUAGAAAGGGAAAUGAAGAAUGUUGUUUCAGAAAAUGUUUUGGUGUUGGAAGAUUUGGGUUCUGAAUAUCUAGACCAACUUCUUAGCUUUUAA